UCGACCUCGGCCUUUACGCAGCAGCAAAGUAGCACUGUGAAGAUGGCAUGGCUGUUCCCCCCUCGCUCCCGAGGGCGUUGGCGCGGUCUCCCGCUUCCCCGUCCCGGUCGCCGAGUGGUCUGGCAGGGAACGCUCGCACCAACAGCUUGCCAAAAAGCAACUCUUGCCCGCCUGCUCCGGUGUGACUGCCAACAGCCCUGUCGAUGGCCCCCGCAGGAGAGCCAAAACGUUCCCCACCCCAGAGCUGGAAACGGGGUUCCAACAGCUCAAACGAGGUGCCUGUUGUCUGCAGGUCGAGUGUCUGCUCAUCACCUUAUCCUGGCCGCUACGCUACUUUUAGACUCCCUGUGACCCUUGAUACACAGACGUUCCCAAACCGGUGUAGCGUUGCUAUUUUUCCAUAUCACCACCACUCUUCUUCCCGAGUUGGGACCUGCCCCUCCCACACCUCACAGCCGACAGCCCCUGGACAGAGUUGCCCUGCCACACCCAACAUCUAGUACAAUGGCCUGUUCAGUCAGAUCUUGCCCUUUCCGGCUGGUGCCUGCCAGCCUUGUUCCCCAUGUCACUUUUGUCUCUUUUGCGAGCAGGGGGUGCUCGUUGGACCUGAACCCACCCCCAAAAUCCUUCUCUCUCUCCCCCAGGGACGCCCCCCAGUCUCUGUCGUGCGUCUCUCGAGGCACACCCCCCCUUGACCCCUGGUCAGGUUCAGCACCAUGAAGAGAACCCGCACAUCUUCAACGAGAAGCGCGUCUGGACGAACAUGGGCACGCUCUUUUAUUAGCCAGGCAGGCAACCUUGUUCUUCCACAUUUGCAAAUGUUAUAAGAUACCCUGGUUGUCUGCCUCGUCCAGACACAACCAGCUUUUGCUCCCACAGCCUGCCUCAGAUUUAUGGAAUAGCAUCUCAACAAGUGAAGAGCCUUCUUGUUCAUGCUUUGCCUGUUCGCACGCACCUGAAAGUGGUCUCGCGAAUCAAGACCUGUGCCCUUCUCGGUCUUUCCCUAUAUCUGGCCUGCCUCCCCCUCCUACUCGAUUCAGUACCUCGACGUGUUUGAACACCAAUCGGACUUGAGAACGUCUGACUGGGCGAGCAUCCCCUGGCCGCUUCCAACAAACAUCGUCAUCCUUCUUACCCCCCCUAUCUUACUCACAGGUGCUGUGCACACACGCACCAACCACCACCACCACCACCACCACCACCACCACCUACCUCAAUAAAUAGACCCAAGGCACCCAGCCUUAACCACCAACCAUGGAUCUCACACCGCCUGCUCUCACCAGGUCGCCAUCCACCCCAGCGCACACCUACUGCCCUUCAGAGAGGUCCUCGCUCGACUACCCAUCACCUGGACUUGAGCAACAGUACAAGAUCUCGUCGUUAUAUGGGGAGCCGUCCUGCGCCGUGACCCCUCCCAUGGACACUGACAACUCACUGCCACCACUCGACUCGAUGAGCCAAUCUUGGGACAACACCGUCAUCCACCAUCCCAUGUCUUCUGCCUCCAGCAUGCCUAGCAUCCUCUCCUCAGAGUAUGAGAGCUUCAACAGCUACUCAUACGGCCACGACGUCUACCACUCCCACCCUAGCCACGCCCACUCGAUCCACUCGUCGACUCCUCCACCGACUGGCUCUGCCCCCCGAUCACCUGCCAUCCAGCCCAGGUCCAUGCCUUACACUCCCGCCACUUCCGUGCCCGGCUCCAUGACACCCCGGAUCAAGAUGGAGGGCACCCCUUCCGAGUACGGCCACAUGGAGGCGUCCCAGUACCCAUCACCCCGAUCCGUUCACACCUCGUUCCCUUCGGACAACGGUCCCUACACGGGCAGCUCAGCCGGCUAUCUUUCCGACAGCGGAUCCUCGGCCACCUGGCACAAGCCCGAUUACCACCCUGUAGAGCCAGACCAGUUCUACCCGGGGGCGGCCAGCGGGCCACAGGCCUCGAGCUUCAUGUACGACGCCAAGCGACAGUUCCGGGUCCAGCGGCCACGAAGGGCGCCCCGCCGGCUGACGACCAAGGAGGAGGCCAACUUUGUCUGCGAGGUCAAGGGGUGCGGCAAGAUGUUCAGCCGCAGCUACAACUUCAAAGCGCACAUGGAGACGCACGACGAGAAGAGGGAGUAUCCCUUCCCUUGCCAGGUGACGGACUGCAACAAGAAGUUUGUGCGCAAGACGGAUCUUCAGCGCCACCACCAGAGCGUGCACAUGAAGGAGCGGAACCACAAGUGCGAUUACUGCUCGAGGAUGUUUGCCAGGAAGGAUACCCUUAGGAGACAUAUGGAAGACGGCUGCUCCAAGCGUUUUGACAUUGGGACUCUGGACCUCCGGGCGGAGAGCUUUGAUCCGAGCAGCAUGCAUCACAACCGGGGGAUGGGACCCGCCAUGGGGCACAUGAUCCCGCCACCGGGGGGGUUGCCGCCCAUGGCUAUCCCUCCGCUGUGCAGCACUUCUGUUUUGGGGUCGAUGCAGCCGGCGAUGAGGAGGGAUGAGCAUCACCACUCUCAGGUUCAUCCUUGGGGGAGGUGAUUGAACUCGCUCGACACUUUCUUAUAUUUUAUAUCUUAUGCUUCAGGAUUGUAUUUGUGAUGGAAUUAUAUUAGAUACCAAAGGCGCC